CUUAUGAAAGGUCAAGUAGACACAAUAGGCAUUGCUAUGCGAAGAGCUUUGCUUGGAGAAAUCGAAGGAACAAGUAUCACACGCGCAAAAUCUGAGAAAAUAUCACACGAAUAUUCUAUCAUAAUGGGUAUUCAAGAAUCAGUACAUGAAAUUUUAAUGAAUUUAAAAGAAAUCGUAUUGAGAAGUAAUCUCUAUGGAGCUUGUGAGGCGUCUAUUUGUGUCAGGGGCCCCGGAUAUGUAACUGCUCAAGAUAUCAUCUUACCGCCUUAUGUAGAAAUCCUCGAUAAUACACAACAUAUAGCUAGCUUGACGGAACCCAUUGAGUUGGUUAUUGGAUUACAGAUAGAGAAGAAUUGCGGAUAUCUUAUAAAAGCGUCAAAUAACUUUCAAGAUGGAAGUUAUCCUAUAGAUCCUGUAUUCAUGCUUGUUCAAAAUGCGAAUCAUAGUAUUCAUUCUUAUGAAAAUGGUAACAAAGAGAUACUAUUUCUCGAAAUAUGGACAAAUAGAAGUUUAACUCCUAAAGAAGCACUUUAUGAAACCUCCUGAAAUUUGAUUGAUUUAUUGAUUCCCUUUUUACAUACCAA